AUGAGAAGAAAGGGAACAGGAGAGAAGAAAAAGAAACAAGAAGAACAAGAAACAUCAAGGGAAGGAAUAAAUCUGGGGCUUAGCGUUACACUCUUUACCACCAACCAAAAAAAGAUUGAACAAGCAUGCAAUCGACAGAAGGUCCUCUACACUGCAAUUCUAUCGUUUUUGAACCAAGCUCCGUAUGAAGUUGCAUCCAACUGCCGA